AUAGCUGCUACUGUUCCGCUCGCUCGCUCACCCCCCUCCCUCCUCUCUGUAUAAAUAAGCCUUUAAUAAACAAACCGAAACCGAGAGAGAGAAUCUUCGUAUUGAAAUGAGGGAACCUAUUGAAACCAACAACGGAUCACCUCCACCACUACCUCCACAAGCGUUGCUCGAGAGGCUUAAAGAUUAUGGCCAGGAAGACGCUUUUGCCCUCUGGGACGAGCUCUCUACUGAAGAGCGGGAACUCCUUGUCAAGGACAUCGAGAGCUUAGAUCUUCCAAGGUUGGAUCGGAUAAUCCGAUGUUCGCUUCGAUCUCAAGGGCUACCGGCGGCGGCAAUUGAGCCGGUUCCGGAGAAUACCGUGUCGACGGUAGAAGAUAGAACGAUAGAAGAAAGAGAGAGAUGGUGGAAGAUGGGAUUGAAAGCAAUCUCUGAUGGCAAAUUGGCUGUUGUGCUAUUAUCUGGUGGCCAGGGGACAAGGCUAGGAAGUUCAGAUCCAAAAGGAUGUUUCAAUAUAGCGCUUCCAUCUGGCAAAUCACUCUUUCAACUUCAAGCUGAGCGAAUUUUGUGUGUCCAAAGAUUAGCAGCCCAAGCUUCAAGUGAAGGUUCUGGAAGCUCAGUUUCGAUACAUUGGUACAUAAUGACCAGCCCGUUUACUCAUGAUUCCACACGAUUUUUUUUUGAAAAUCACAAGUACUUCGGCCUUGAAGCAGAUCAGGUUACCUUCUUCCAGCAAGGCACCAUACCUUGUGUUUCCAAGGAUGGCAGAUUUAUCAUGGAGACUCCAUUUAGGGUAGCUAAGGCUCCGGAUGGGAAUGGAGGAGUAUAUUCAGCGCUGAAAUAUUCAAAAUUAUUAGAGGAUAUGGCCUCAAGAGGGAUCAAGUACGUGGACUGCUAUGGGGUUGACAACGCACUGGUACGUGUAGCUGAUCCAGCUUUUUUGGGAUAUUUCAUUGAUAAAGGUGUAGCAGCUGCAGCAAAAGUUGUUCGUAAGGCAUACCCCCAAGAAAAGGUUGGUGUUUUUGUAAGGCAAGGUAAAGGUGGACCUCUUACCGUGGUUGAAUACAGUGAGCUGGAUCAGUCACUGGCUUCUGCAGUUAAUCAACAAACUGGACGCCUUCGUUUUUGUUGGAGUAAUGUGUGCUUGCACAUGUUCUCUUUGGAUUUUCUAAACCAAGUAGCAAAUGGCCUUGAGAAAGACAGCAUUUACCAUCUAGCUGAGAAAAGAAUUCCUUCUAUUCAUGGUGAUACGAUGGGAUUAAAACUAGAGCAAUUCAUAUUCGAUGCAUUCCCAUAUGCUCCUUCAACAGCUCUUUUUGAGGUACCACGUGAAGAAGAAUUUGCACCUGUAAAAAAUGCCAAUGGGUCAAAUUUUGACACUCCUGAGAGUGCUCGGCUGCUUGUUCUUCGACUGCAUUCUCGCUGGGUGGUUGCAGCAGGUGGCUUCUUAACACAUUCGGUGCCUUUAUAUGCAACUGGUGUGGAGGUAUCACCACUUUGCUCUUAUGCUGGCGAAAAUCUAGAGGCCAUAUGCCGGGGAAGAACAUUUCACGCACCUUGUGAGAUUACAUUCUAGUUAAAUCUGUAUCCAAAUAUUCUUGAUUUGUACGGAUCCCAUUGGAAAGGGGUUAUCCAUCCCACGCAUGUGUUGUGGUAGAUUGGCGAGAGAUAAGAGUUCCAGGUUUUGUUACAUCCUGGGUGUGAUGUCAAGAAUGAUACAAUUUGAUUAACGUAUAUCAUUCAAGUUAUUGUUGAGCAAUGAUAAUCCUCUCUUCUUCUUUUUUCCAA